AGUCGGUUGAAGUACCCUAAUAACCCUAAACUUUGGAAGUGACUCUUAGAAAGUGUAUUUUCCGCACUAAAGAAGCGUAGAGCGAAGCGGAGUGCGCGCUUCGGUUGGAUGGAAAACUUGCAGCGUGCGCUUGAAUCUCGUGGCUUGGCGUUGGCGUCGAUCCCCGGCAAAGGCCGGGGCUUGGUUACCACCCGCGAUUUCGUUCCUGGUGAUGUGAUCAUUUUUCAAGAACCCUAUGCCUCUGCGCCAAACAAAGUUUAUACUAGUUCGAUCUGUGACGGAUGUUUUACCUCCAACAACCUAAGAAAAUGCUCGGCCUGUAAGGUUGCAUGGUAUUGUGGAAAUACUUGUCAGAGAUCAGAAUGGAAGUUACAUCAACUAGAAUGUAAAGCUCUUGCUUCCCUUAGAGAUGACAGAAGAAAGCUGCUUACAUCUACUGUACGUCUAAUGGUUAGACUUAUAUUAAAGAAGCAACUGCAAAAUGAACAGGUGAUUCCAACAACUGCAAUGGAUAGCUACAACUUGGUGGCAACUUUGGAGUCUCAUAUCUCUAACAUCAAUGAGGAGCAACUUGUGCUUUACGCACAAAUGGCGAACCUCAUCAAGUUGGUACUUCCUUCCCUGGAUGUUGAUUUAAAGGAGAUUACACAUAAUUUUUCUAAGCUCUCAUGCAAUGCUCAUACAAUCUGUGACGAUGAACUUAGGCCCUUGGGAACUGGUUUGUAUCCUGUAAUUUCAAUGAUUAACCACAGUUGUGUCCCUAAUUCUAUUUUGAUGUUUGAAUAUCGGAUGGGUUUUGUACGUGCUACAGAGCCUAUAACUAAAGGUACUGAGAUCUUGAUUAGUUACAUAGAAACUGCAGCAACUACCGCUACUAGGAAGAAAGAUCUGAAGCAAUAUUUUUUUACUUGCACAUGUGCUCGUUGUACCAAGAACUUACAUGAGGAGCUUGAGGAAACUGCCAUUCUCGAAGGUUUCAGGUGUAGGGACAAUCAGUGUAAUGGUUUCCUCAUUCUUGCUUCAGAUAACCAGUCUUUCACAUGUCAGAAGUGUGGUAUCUUCAGGGAUAUGCAAGAUAUAGAAAAAAUUUCUAGUGAAAUUUCACUUCUCGAAGGGAAAACAUCAUCUUUGAUGUCCUCUGGUUAUAUUUCUGAAGCAAAAAAUGUCUACAAGAUUGUUGAGCAGUUGCAACUUAAACUCUGUCAUCCCUAUUCUCUCAAUUUGCUGCGAACCCGUGAAAAUCUUCUGAAGGUUUUGAUGGAAUUAAAAGAUUGGAAAGAUGCCCUAGCAUAUUGCUGUAUGACAAUUCCAAUUUAUGAAAGAAUCUAUCCAGCUAUUCAUCCCAUGAUUGGCCUAGAAUUUUAUAUUCGUGGGAAGCUUGAGUGGCUGGUAGAACUCACAGAAGAUUCUAUUAAAUCAUUCAUCAAAGCAAUAGAGAUACUAAGAAUUACUCAUGGGACUAGAACACCGUUCAUGAAAGAGCUACUAAACAAGCUAGAGGAAGCCCGUGCUGAAGCUUCACACAAACAUUCUGUCAGUGAUUGAGGCAACAAACUCCUGGAGUGAGAUCCACUACUAUGUCUGGACCAGGAAGAUACCAACUAAGGCAAGGACUUGUUUGAAAUCCUGCCUGGCAGUUUUGCUUUUGUUUGGUUUGGCAAAUGCAAUUUUGAUAUAGAGGGUUUGGUGCAUUUCAAAAUGUAUUGCCAAAUUACAGUCACAAACUUUAUUCUGUCGUAUUGUGUCUGAUUGUUGCCUUAUCACAGAACUAACAACAGAGUGAGACUUUUGGUAUGUUUUGAAAUGGGGUGCAGAUCAAUGAUAAUGCAAUCUUAUGGUA